CGCCGCAGCACCGGGGAGGUGGGUCCCACUUUAAGAAGUGAAGUUUUUCGCCCCCUCCCCCUCCCUACCCACCUCCUGCAGCCUCCCGCGCCCCGCGGAGCUGGCGGAUGGAGCUACGCUGCGGCGGCGUAGGGAGCCAGGCUGUGGGUUGCAGGAUGGAUGGGGACAGCCGAGAUGGCGGCGGUGGCAGCGGCUGCAGGGACGCCGGGUCGGAGGACUACGAGAACCUGCCGACCAGCGCCUCCUUAUACACCCACAUGACAGCCGGAGCGAUGGCCGGGAUCUUGGAGCACUCGGUCAUGUACCCGGUAGACUCCGUGAAGACACGAAUGCAGAGCUUGAAUCCAGAUCCCAAGGCCCAGUACACAAGUAUCUACGGAGCCCUCAAGAAAAUCAUGCAGACUGAAGGCUUCUGGAGGCCCUUGCGGGGCCUCAACGUGAUGAUGAUGGGCGCCGGGCCGGCCCACGCCAUGUAUUUUGCCUGCUAUGAAAACAUGAAAAGGACUUUAAAUGCCGUUUUCCACCAUCAAGGAAACAGCCACCUAGCCAAUGGGAUAGCUGGGAGUAUGGCCACCCUGCUCCACGAUGCGGUAAUGAAUCCGGCAGAAGUUGUGAAGCAGCGCUUACAGAUGUACAACUCGCCACACCCGUCGGCCCUCAGCUGCAUCUGGACAGUCUGGAGGACCGAGGGCCUGGGAGCCUUCUACCGGAGCUACACCACGCAGCUGACCAUGAACAUCCCCUUCCAGUCCAUCCACUUCAUCACCUACGAGUUCCUGCAGGAGCAAGUCAACCCUCAUCGAGUCUACAACCCUCAAUCCCACAUCAUCUCAGGCGGGCUGGCUGGGGCCCUGGCCGCAGCCGUCACCACCCCACUGGACGUCUGUAAAACCCUUCUGAAUACGCAGGAGAACGUUGCCCUCAACAUGGCCAACAUCAGCGGCCGGCUGUCGGGCAUGGCCAAUGCUUUCCGGAUGGUGUAUCAACUCAACGGCCUGGCCGGCUACUUCAAGGGCAUGCAGGCCCGUGUCAUUUACCAGAUGCCCUCCACUGCCAUCUCCUGGUCUGUCUAUGAGUUUUUCAAGUACUUCCUUACCAAGCGCGAGCUGGAAAAUCGAACUCCAUACUAAGGGAGCAGGCUGUGGGCAGUGAUUCCGGAAACUUUGGUUUUCGAAAGGCUUCCCCUGCUUGCUUCCAUACUGCAGCCCUCACACCAAGAGGAAGGCAGCUGAGGCGUGUUUGUAGGGUGGGCCUUGGCUCCCGACGCCCAGGAGAGAGGGGGACAGGGCAGCCGCUCCCCAGAAGGCCGUCCGCAGGCACAUCCGAGGUGGCGGCAGGUGGGGAAGAACUUUGGAAAGGGAGCGAGAAAUUGCUUUUUCUCUUCCUCCCCUAAGAGGAGUGUAGCUUUUCUGCUUCAUUGGAACAGUUUCCUCCCUAGAAUCAUAGAUCACGUGGGAGGACGGAAAAUGUGCAGUGACUGAAAACAUUAAAGAAAAAAAAAAGUAUGUAUAUAAAAGUUCCAGUACACAGUAUAAAAUAGAUGGAUAAUGUUUAUCCUUUAUUUUUCUACAUAGAAGUUUUUGGAUUUGCGUGUGUGACUGUGUGUGUGUACAACUAAGUGUUACAGCUGGAAAUCGAAAGCUGGUUUUUAGAAAAAGAUGCAGAGGGCUGAAUGCUGCCACAGGGUAGGUACUGAGGCGCCGAAGAAAUCACCUGCUGAGCACGGCCUAAAAGCGUGUUGAGCCUCCGCUGGAAGUUUGACUUGAAUGUAAAAUAAUAAAGUUUAUAUUUUGAUUUUCUCUUUUCAUGGGGGACCAAAAGGUACGUUGAAAAAAAAAAAAUUCUAGCCACUUUUUUUCACUUGUUUGGUCUUACCUUCUUGUGCCUUUCCCCUUAUGCUCCUAAAAAUCCCAGGACCAUCUGCCCAGCGCAGUUUCUCUUGCUGUAUGUCAGCCACAUGCCGGUGGCAAGGUCACCUGCUGGGCCGUUUUCUCCCCUUGUGAGUGACAGGAGUACGGGCGCCCAGAGCCAGCACUUACAAACCCUGGGAUGCCAGUGGCCAGUGUGGGCCGCUCACGGGCCAGUCGUCGGGAUGAUCCCAACCUUGAUCUAGGACUUCAUUCUUCACUGGCCUUUCAGUGCGGGCAAUUCGGGUAUUCUUGACUAUAUCGACUAAAUCUUUUGACCUCCUGUUUUCCUGUUCAGUUUUAGGGAUUUAAAAAACAAAACAAAACAGGUAACCCUGCCCGCCAUUAAUUCCUUUCAGAGCCCUAACACACACAGCAGUAGGAACCAGGUGCUGGAGCCAGCCUGGCUGCUAAGCCAAGGUCCUCAGGCACCAGGUGCCUCUCCAGUGCCACCCUCGGCCUUGCUUGGUCUGCUGAGGAUGGAGGGCUGAGCUGCCUCUUCUCUGGAUUCGUGUGUUGGACCUAGAUUGCCACUAAGAAAACGCAAGCCGUUCCGCUGGCCUCACCCUUCAACUGAUUCCCACACUCCUCUUCAAGAGAAGACCGGAUGGCUUCAGUUUCCUCUUAGAGCCUUUUGAAAUGAGCAGGAAGCGUGUGCGUGUUUUCAUUUUGGAAGGCCUGGUCCGGACCUUGGCCUUGACCAAGAUCAACGUCCUGCAGCUCACUGAGGCGUACACUGGGUUCUUGGAUGCCGUUACUUCCUGGGAAGAACUCAGGUGGCUUUGGACAGUUCUCAUCCUGGACCCUGAAGCUGUGCUUUCUGGUCAGAGACAGUUUCUACGAGCACCCCAUGAGUGGGCCCCUGCUUCAGAGAUGGGUUCACAUCCACUGGUACCUCACUAUGGGAUGCAAAGAGCCCGUGGAGAUCAUGCACUGUGCAAACUGUUUACAUCUCUUAAUGUGCCUACCUUACUGUUAAAUUCUGUGAGUGGAGAGAAAUAGUAGAUCAAAUUCUGAAAAAAAGCGAGUCACCCCUUUUUAUCCACUUACAAUAUAUCACACUGCUUGAGAUGUUCCUUAUAGCACUAUUUUUUUCCUCUGGUAUUUAGAAAAACUGUUCACCUCUCUAGGAAGGUUCCUUGAGGAGGGACAGCAGAUGGAAAGGUGGGAAGUGAUUCGGAGAGUCACUUGGCUCUUUCGGAAAGGCUGGGAUCAGCCACGAAUGCCUUCCCUCUGGGUCAUCCUGAGUUGAAUGAGCCGUGUUACUGAGAAAGCUCUGAAAGUUGUGAAGCACUAAACUAUAAGUGGUCCUUCGUUUUGUGGGAAAUGACUUUCCCUGGCCCUGAACUCCAGUCUCUCUGCUGUUGCUCCAUACAGAUUGCAGCCCAGUUGCAAAGUUCUGGUCAGCAAAAUGUUCUCCUUGCUCUCCAUGCCAGUAAUACCAGCCUGAUGCAGUCACGGCAUGGGUGUGGCAUCUGCCGCCAGGCAGAGCAAUUGGCAUAUGAGCCUCACACGUGACCUGGAGCGCAUGUUUGCACACGUGUGAGCUCAGACCACUAUUUGAGAUGCAGCCACUUAUACAUCAGUUUUACUUUACCUCUUUGUUUUCCUUUUUGACUUUUUGCUUGUGUGCUUAUUUAUUUUUCUUAGAAAUGAUUUUUUCCCAAAUAGGAUAAAUCUUCAACCUGUGCCUAUUUUUUCUGAACUUUGGAUUGAAUCCAGCCAUUUCUCUGGACUACAUGAGUGUGUGUGUUUUAAUGCUGGUGUCUUAUUCCAAACGUUUCCCUCCAAAGUCCCCCUUUAACACAUUAUGCCAAGAAAGUUUUAUUUAUCUUUAUUUAAGGAAGUUGUGCCUGUUAAAUGCAAGUGUAUUGCUGCUUCCUGCCCGCAAGACGCACAAUGUAUGUUAUCAGGGUGAGUAAGUCUGGUUUCUUAAAUACCUCUAAUGAAUAUCAUUGUUUCCACCUCUCCUUUGUUGCCAGCUCUUUGAAGAAGGGGAGAAAUGUGUAUUUAUGUGUGGGGAUGUUUCUGAUAUGCUGCUACAGUUGUGACAUGAGCUACAGAAAAUAAAGCCUUGAUCUCUGAA